CCAGAUACCUAUAAAGAUACCAUGCCUUCAACAAUUCCAUUUGCAUCAACAAGCAACAAUUCAUAUUCAGAUUCAAACAAUUUGGCAAUGCCAAAUAAUUAUUUAGACUUUUUGGAUUCAUCUAAUUA